UAAAUUUAUUGUAUAAUGUAUUUCUUUGGAAAUUAACAAAAUAAUUUUUGUAUCUUUCUAUACUGUCUUAGUCUAAAAAAUAUUAACUAAUUAAAUUUAUGUAAAAUGUCGACUUCGACAGUGUUGAGAGUAAAACGUCGAUUAGAAGACAAUCCUCAAGAUGCACUGGUUAUCAUGUGUAAACGCAUCAAAACAGCAACAGAAGAGCUGUCACCCUCUUUAUUUGUAUUUAGAGGGACUGUUGAUACUCAGGAAAAAAUUAAUGUCAAAGAUAUAACACCAAAAAGUGAAGUAAAAUUAAAACCAACACAUGAUGUUAAUGAAAUCAUAGACAAAAUUAGACGAGAAAGAAAAGAUGUGUCAAGCCAGAGUCGGUACGAAGUGGUGAACUGUAGUAGAGGAUUGAGAGAAAAUGAUAAUGAUGACAGUGAUCAACUCUACCAUUUGGUUGAUUUAGAAAAGGCAGACACUAAGGAAAAUAAUGUUAAAUAUGCAUAUGAUUUAUAUAUAGCAGCUAAACAAGAUUUUGAUGUUACCAUGUUGGAUAAUAUAGUUAGUAUAGAAGAUUACGAAACAGCUUUAAUAUUUGGUUCCCACCGUGACAAUGGACGACGCAGUCCAUCCACUGAUAAUGAUGAUGAAGAUGACUCAAAUGAUGAGAAUAACUGGCGGAAUGACUAUCCAGAUUCGGAGCCGAGUAGUAUAGACGAAGAAGAUAUGGUGAGAGCAGUGGAGAGGUGUACUUUAGAUGACGAUCUGUCUAGUGACACUGGAGAAGAUAAAAUAUAUGAUGAACCACCCGAUCUUUUUAAAGAGGAUGUAAAAAGGUACGGAAUGGCAUAUGCUAAAUAUAAAGCAAAGGUACUGUCAGAAGAUCCCGAUUUAAUAGGCGGUAACAGUCUAGUUCAUUCAGUGAAGAUUACAGAAUUGGACGAGAGUGGUGGCUAUAGGGAUGAUAGUGAUGAUGGGUUUUAUUACGGACAGGAUGAAGACACAGAACAGUACAGGGAACAAUAUAGCAGUGAUUUGUCAGAUUCUGAUAAUUAGUCGGGUGAUUACUAGUAGAAAAAAACAUGGAAACUGCAAAAUUUUAAUUUGACCUACAUAUAUGAUUCAUUAGUAACUCAUAAGUGAAAAUGUGACAAAAACAAGGUGUUUAAUCAGGAUUCCUUGGUAUGCAUACUCAAUACGCCAUAUAUUCUGUCUCAGCUAGCAUUUAUGUGCUGUUCCAUCACAGGAUUGAACUAGUUAGUCAUAAGUGAAUGUUGUUAUAAAAUUG